GGGAUCAAGCAACGUGUAUUAUAGCUAAAAUAACAAUUCUUCAACUAUAUCAACUGUUUGAAUAUAUAUAAAUAAAUAAAUGGUUAGAUGUAUGCACACAACUAAUAUAGCAGCAAGAAACGCAUUCAGUAAUCCACAACUCACCUAUUCAAUUGGCUCAUUAAUAUUUUAGAAUGAUAUACAACGCAUGAAUAAUACCUGGAAUAUAUCCCAAAAUUGUCAAUAAUAUAUUAAGAAAGAAAGAGCCAACACACCCUCUUUCUAAAAACACACCCAAUGGUGGAAGGAUGACAGCAGCGAUAAUUUUAAAUAUGUCUGAACAAGUUACAGCCAUUGUUGAUUAAAUGAUAGAUUAAUAGCAAAAAAUGUAAACUAAAAGACGAUGAAGGACGAAAACGUUUCUUUAAAUAGCAAAGAUUGUAAAUAUCAAAUUAUGAAUUUAAACAUGUCAUUGCUUGCUAUUCCACAGCCUCCCGCGACCCUCCCCCCUUCUGAAAUUUCACCAUUGUUGUCAUCCCAAUUAGGUUAUACGUUAACCGAUAUAGCCGCACAUGUUUGCUUCUAACUCAAUGGCAACCGAAAAAAAAAAAGAAAGUUUAGCAAAGCACUAACCUACGAUUGCCUUCACUUAGCCUAAUGUUUACAUUGAUCUAAUAGUA